AUUUCCAUAUAUUCCAUUCAUGUUGGGUGGGGAUCAUUUAGAUUUAUUCAGUCACUUGACUCCCUUAUUUCCAAACAAUCACAACCUCAUCUUCAGUCUGGCAGGAUCUUAUCUCUGUCUCCCUUCAUAGAGGACGAGGAGAUGGCGAUAAAGUGAGUUACUGCAUAUUUGAUUAUUAGGCCUUUACCAUAUUCAACAGGCAACAGGUUACAGCAGCCAUGUGGAAAAUACCAAGGAGAUUUUCACUCACUGGUAGAUUGUGUUGCUUCCCCAAGGACCCACUGGAGGAUGUUGAAACUUGGAGUGAGUCUGUGGACAAAGUCCUCAGCUGUAAAGCCGGACAGAUAGCUUUCCGGGAGUUCCUGAAGUCUGAGUACAGUGAGGAGAACAUACUGUUUUGGCUUGCCUGUGAGGAGUACAAAAAGAUCAAGACAGUGCCAGAGAUGAUCUCCACUGCCAACAGAAUCUACUCAGAGUUUGUCCAAACAGAAGCGCCCAAACAGAUCAACAUAGAUUGCAGUACCAGAGAAAACAUAACAAAGAACAUCUCCCAGCCGACCCUGGCUUCCUUUGAUACAGCACAGAAGCUCAUCUACAGUCUGAUGGCCAGGGAUUGCUACCCGCGGUUCCUAAAAUCUGACAUCUAUCAGGGACUCCUGAGGAGAACCGAUUCAAGGUGACUGUUUUAAUUCUGACAGCCUCUCAGACGGAAGCUUGUGAAAUCUUCCCUCCAACUCUGAUCUGCUGUAGCACUCUUUCAUUUCAGUGUGGAUAACGGGUUCAUCCAGUACGGUUGAGAUUCUUAAGCAUAGCAGAAAUAGCCUUUCUCAACUUGUGUGAUUCAGUAGACAGUUGCAGCUCAAGAGAAUUUGUGGCUUGUAUUAUACUUCAUCUCUUUAAUUAUGUUAAGAAAAAAAGUCUUUAAAGAGACUGUGCACAUAAUUCUCCUGUGAUUAUCUCUUUCUCUCUUCCACUCCCAUGAAGUUAAUAAUAAUUAAAAAAUUCUUUAUUGUAAAGUAUUAUCAACACUUUAUCUAAUUGAUUAUGCAAAUAUAUAGAAUAAAUCCUAAUAUGAUCUGAGAAGCACAACUUUCACAUGCAAAUAAAACAUGAA